CACAGUGCCACCUCAGCACUUCACAAUUGCUUCCAACCUUCACCUCACAAGACGCCUCACUUUCGAUCCUUAACGCCUAAAACCUGUCACACCUUUUGUCAACAGCGCUAGCGGAUGGUAUUACGCCUGGUUGUCCUCCUGUGGUGGUGUUAACGGCAGUGUCCACCUUUGCCCAAAUUCUCUCUCAUGUUCACGCGACCAGGUCAUCGCCCACCACCUCUCUGACCGCAUACAUGUUAAGCUGCUAAGCUGCCACCCACCUUGUCGCACUCCACACACACCCAAACCCGUUCACCUUACCGUUGUUUCUUGAUCGAAAGCCCUCUAGCACCCAGCAUGACCAUCACCAUGGCACCAGCAUCCACAAUCCACAUGCCUGGGUCCUUUCUGCCGAGAAAUGAGGAGGAUAAUCAUGACCGCAACUUUUCCUUCCAAUGCGCGCCUUUCACUUCCUCAGUCUUUUUACCUCCCGCGUCAUCCCUAGACAGCUCUCUCACUUCAUCGGCAUUUCUCCCAAUCUCCAAUCACACUCCACUCUCAAGGAAACGACCUCGGCCACAGCCGCAGUCGAAACAACAACAACAACAAUAUAUAUGGACGCCGAAUCAUCUUGCCGAGAGUGUCCGCUUGGAUGGUUGUGAUGCGCCCAGUCCAUCUCCAUUAAUAGACACCACCUACCGUUUCGCCAACGGCCUCGAUACAGCCGCCGAUCUUGACACACAAAAACAAGAUCUAGAAAGAGAUCGCGAUUAUGAGAAGGAUUGUCGGCCAAAUCGCUAUAUUCGCCAAUCUUCUGGGCCAAGUCAACCGCCACGAACCCCUUCUUAUACCUUCCAAAGUGGUGCCCAUGCCGGCGAAAAGCGAUCUCACUCUCCGAACUCAAGACAAGGAUGGGGCAAGACUGUCUUCACACUUGCUGGAGGAGUCGCAGGCAAGGUUUUGAGCUUUUGCUGGAAUAGCGCUGUCUCAUUCAAGGGGUUCUAUGCUGGUGGAGGCGGUGGGUACCAGUUCGGCGGUCAAGGCUCCGAGGUUAUCGGAAGUGGCUGGUCUCAUGUCGAUUCGACGCAGGAUGUCUUUACCACAGAGAGGAAAGAGGCGGCCAUAAGACAUAGCCGAGACAUGACACCCGUUCCUGGUGGAUACCCGGAAGAUGUCGCUGCAAAGACCUAUUCUGAUUAUUCGGAUGUCCACAACAAAUGGGUAAUGGUUGAUGACUUUGAACCGAGUUCGAGAGAGACCAGCCCUGUUCGUAAGAAGUCCAGGGUUGGGUCCAUCAGUACUCCCACAGCGAAGAAGUCAUCCUUUCCAUCCCCAACGAGAGCCGCUGCUCAGAUCCCAAAUGCCAACAACAGAUCACGAAUGGUAUCACGAUCAUCCGGCCACCGAUCAUCAGCCUCAUUUGCAUCACCUCGAAUAUCCAGUGCCAACAAGUAUACAAACACAAGUCAUCAGAGACGCUCAUCUCAAACACCCAAUAUUGUGCAUCACAAUGCGGCAUCCUCCACAAGACAGCCUUCCAGCAGAGCAUCACUAGCAUCUCCACGUCGGCAAUCAUCAUUCAACGUGGGAGGAUCGACACAGACUAGUUCACAUUCUCAUUCAAACUCCGCUUCCGCAAACCAAUCUCCCGAGGUACGCAAAUUUCAACAAAAGCUCCGUCGGAAAGAGGCACAGGAAGAACAAAAUAUGGAUUGGAUGAAUGAACAAUUACAAGCCAUGAUCAAACAGGGCAAACAAGCAUUGGGAAGUCGAGUAGAAGUCGAAGAGGAUGAUGAGGGUGUUGACGGUCAAGGUGAUAUCGACGAGGGAUACGAAGAAGGUAGUGGAUGGGAGCGAGAUGAUAAGAUAGUGAUGAAGAAGUGGUUUUGAUGGCGGAAAUUGAUUUGAAUUGUUCUGUUUUGAAUGCAUUGCGACCUACGAAGGUUUGUGCAUGGAGAGACGCGACACUUGGAUGAGACGAGAGACUUGUUGUCCAUGUCCACUAAGUAUUCAACUCCAUCAGAUCGAUAUGAUUGACAUCAGGGAUCCCGGACCCUAGAUUCGAUUCGAUUCUCACAAUGUAAUUUCCC